AUGGCGUAUACGGAACAGACAUCAACACAUGCAAUUUAUCUUCAAGAUUUUCGUUCAGAACCAUGUCAAGUAUGUGGAGAAAAUGCAAGUGGCUGGCAUUGUGGUUCGAUUACAUGUGAAGCUUGUAAAAAAUUUUUUCUUCGAUCUGUCAA